CAGGAAGUCUCCGUGUUUUGAGUCACCGGCGGCUUCUUUCUGGAGUCUUUCGCGUCUCUGGCUGUCUCUGCGGCUUCUGCUCUCCGUGCCGGCCAUGGGGGAGGCAGAGAAGUUCCACUACAUCUACAGCUGUGACCUGGACAUCAACGUGCAGCUGAAGAUAGGAAGUUUGGAAGGGAAGAGAGAGCAGAAGAGUUACAAAGCUGUCCUCGAAGAUCCGAUGCUAAAGUUCUCUGGGCUCUACCAAGAGACGUGCUCUGACCUGUAUGUGACUUGUCAAGUUUUUGCUGAAGGGAAACCUCUGGCCUUACCAGUCAGGACAUCCUACAAGGCAUUUAGUACAAGAUGGAAUUGGAAUGAAUGGCUAAAACUCCCUGUGAAGUACCCUGACCUGCCCAGGAAUGCCCAAGUGGCCUUGACUAUAUGGGACGUGUAUGGACCAGGAAAAGCUGUGCCAGUGGGAGGAACAACUGUGUCGCUCUUUGGAAAAUACGGCAUGUUUCGCCAAGGAAUGCAUGACUUGAAGGUGUGGCCUAACGUGGAGGCAGAUGGCUCUGAACCCACAAGAACUCCUGGCAGAACAAGCAGCACGCUCUCCGAAGAUCAGAUGAGCCGCCUCGCUAAGCUGACCAAGGCUCAUCGGCAAGGACACAUGGUCAAGGUGGAUUGGUUGGACAGAUUAACAUUCAGAGAGAUAGAAAUGAUUAAUGAGAGUGAGAAACGCAGCUCUAAUUUCAUGUACUUGAUGGUUGAGUUUCGCUGUGUCAAGUGUGAUGAUAAGGAGUAUGGCAUUGUUUACUAUGAGAAGGAUGGUGAUGAGUCGUCUCCAAUUUUAACAAGUUUUGAGUUAGUAAAAGUUCCUGAUCCUCAAAUGUCUAUGGAGAAUCUAGUGGAGAGCAAACACCACAAGCUUGCUCGAAGUUUAAGAAGUGGACCAUCUGACCACGAUCUCAAACCCAAUGCUGCCACAAGAGAUCAGCUAAAUAUUAUUGUGAGUUAUCCACCAACCAAGCAGCUCACAUACGAAGAACAAGAUCUUGUUUGGAAAUUUAGAUAUUAUCUUACUAAUCAAGAAAAAGCUUUGACAAAGUUCUUGAAGUGUGUUAACUGGGACCUACCCCAGGAGGCCAAGCAGGCACUGGAGCUUCUGGGAAAGUGGAAGCCAAUGGACGUAGAGGAUUCCUUGGAACUGCUCUCCUCGCAUUACACCAACCCGACAGUGAGGCGGUAUGCUGUGGCCCGCUUGCGGCAGGCUGAUGAUGAGGACUUGCUGAUGUACUUACUGCAGCUGGUCCAAGCUCUGAAAUACGAAAACUUUGAUGACAUAAAGAAUGGUUUGGAGCCUACGAAGAAGGAUAGUCAGGGUUCGGGGUCAGAAAGUCUGUCAAAUUCUGGAAUCAGUUCUGCAGACGUAGAUAGCUCCCAGAUUCUAAGCAACCCUCUUCCUCCGGUGUCCUCCCCUCCUCCCGCAUCGAAAUCCAAAGAAGGUUCAGAUGGAGAAAAUCUAGAGCAAGAUCUAUGUACCUUCUUGAUAUCAAGAGCCUGUAAGAACUCAACACUGGCUAAUUAUUUAUACUGGUACGUAAUAGUGGAGUGUGAAGAUCAGGACACGCAGCAGAGAGAUCCAAAGACCCAUGAGAUGUACCUGAACGUCAUGAGGAGAUUCAGCCAAGCCUUGCUGAAGGGUGACAAGUCGGUCCGAGUCAUGCGCUCCCUGCUGGCGGCACAGCAGACCUUCGUGGACCGGCUGGUGCACUUGAUGAAGGCCGUGCAGCGGGAGAGUGGAAAUCGCAAGAAAAAGAAUGAGAGACUUCAAGCGCUGCUUGGAGAUAAUGAAAAAAUGAAUUUGUCGGAUGUGGAGUUGAUCCCAUUGCCAUUAGAGCCACAGGUGAAAAUAAGAGGAAUCAUCCCAGAGACAGCCACCUUGUUCAAGAGCGCUCUAAUGCCUGCGCAGCUGUUCUUUAAGACAGAAGACGGAGGCAAAUACCCGGUCAUCUUCAAGCACGGCGACGACUUGCGUCAAGACCAGCUGAUCCUGCAGAUCAUCUCCCUGAUGGACAAGCUACUACGGAAGGAGAAUCUGGAUCUGAAGUUGACACCUUAUAAGGUGUUAGCCACUAGUACCAAACAUGGCUUCAUGCAGUUCAUCCAGUCAGUUCCUGUUGCUGAAGUACUUGACACAGAGGGAAGCAUUCAGAACUUUUUUAGGAAGUAUGCCCCGAGCGAGACUGGACCGAAUGGCAUCAGUGCCGAGGUCAUGGACACUUACGUCAAAAGCUGUGCUGGCUACUGUGUGAUUACGUACAUUCUUGGAGUUGGAGAUCGGCACCUGGAUAACCUUCUGUUAACAAAAACAGGCAAACUCUUCCACAUAGAUUUUGGGUAUAUCUUGGGCCGAGAUCCAAAGCCUCUUCCUCCUCCAAUGAAGCUGAAUAAAGAGAUGGUGGAAGGAAUGGGCGGCACACAGAGUGAGCAAUACCAAGAGUUCCGAAAGCAGUGUUACACGGCCUUUCUCCACCUGCGAAGGUAUUCCAAUCUGAUUUUGAACUUGUUCUCCUUGAUGGUUGAUGCAAACAUCCCAGAUAUUGCUCUUGAACCAGAUAAAACUGUAAAAAAGGUUCAGGAUAAGUUCCGUUUGGACCUUUCAGAUGAGGAGGCUGUGCAUUACAUGCAGAGUCUGAUUGACGAGAGCGUCCAUGCGCUGUUUGCUGCAGUGGUGGAGCAGAUCCAUAAGUUUGCUCAGUACUGGAGAAAAUGAAAGUGGAUUUGGUCCUUCAUGAUACUCGGCUCAGUAAGAAAAUGUGAGAAAGUGUUGCUGUGUAUGCUAAAGACAUCAGAGAAGUGAACAAGGAAGAGACGGUCUCCAGAAGUUACAUCGUGGCCAUGUUUUGUCUCCUUGGAUGCCACUGCUUAAAUCUUGGCAUAGAGAGUUUGUUUAAAGCAACCGUGUAUAGGGCAGGCCAUCGUAGCUCACAUCUGUAAUUGCAGAACUCCGGAGGAUGAGGCAGGAAGAUACGCUGCAAAUUUGAAGCCAUCCUCAGCUACAUAAUGACUUCUGGGUCUGCCAAAAAAUCACUGUGUAUAUUUGUCUUAUAAUGUAUAAAGAUAAGAAGAGAACUGUGUAUAUGUUUUAAAAUUAUGAAAUAGUAAAGCAUUUAGCCCC